GGUGUGUUAUUAUUGGUCUUUUUUAUUGUGUUGGUCAUUAUUGAUGAAAGGAAAAGGAACAUCCGCUGUUAUUAACUUGAAUAGAGUGCGUCGUAUGAUUACCCUCAUUAAUUAUGAUACAGCGCUAGCAAUAAUUCUCAUUUGAACCAAACGAGACGCCACUACUAUCAUCACCAAACACAUGGAGCAAGUAUCUAUAACAUGUAUAAUAUGGAUAACAGCGUUAUCGUUUGCUGUGGGAUCCCCGCUAGACGACUAUGUACAUACUUCAGACCCUCAUUACAGUUUCUUUGAAGUUAGUAUGAAGAAAGGACCAGGAUAUACUUUAUACUUGUACAAUAUGACCUCAUUGAAAUGGAAAUCUGAAGCUAUUUCAGACCAUCCAAUUUGGUGGCAUUAUUUAGAAAUAACUAUACCGGACAAAAUUGUUCAUAAAGACACCGCAUUAAUGCUGAUAGACGGCGGACACAACACCCACAAAUGGUCACCAGUAGAUGAGGCAUUUGUAGCUAUGACUACUACUUUAGCAGUAACAACCGGCAGUGUUUGUGCUGACUUAAAAAUGAUACCUAACCAGCCUAUUAUGUUCAAGGAUGAUCCAACAAAGAGACACCGAACAGAGGAUGCUAUCAUUGCGUGGACAUGGAGGAAAUUUGUCGAGAACAAUGGGACAGACCCAGAAAUGAUAAUGCAAUUCCCAAUGACCAAGGCUGCUGUUCGAGGAUUGGACACGGUUGCAAGUGUUGUGAAGACGAAAACUGGUUCCAAUAUAGAAAAGUUCGUCGUCACAGGAGCUUCAAAGCGUGGAUGGAUAACAUGGUUAACUGGUGCUGUAGACAAAAGAAUUAUAGCAAUAGCUCCAAUAGUGAUGGAUUUGCUCAAUUUUGUUCAGAACUUACAUCAUCACUAUCGAUCACUUGGUGGCUGGACUUUUGAAUUCAAUGAAUACUAUAAAGAAAACUUUACGUGCAAUUUAGAUAACCCCUUCACACAGAAAAUGGCUUCUUAUAUCGACCCAUUAGCAUAUAAUGACAGAUAUGAAACAGUCCAUAAGAUGAUAAUUACAUCUUCUGGGGACGAGUUUUUCUUGACUGAUGAUUCACACUAUUAUUACAAUCAGCUUGCCGGACCCAAAUACCUCAGAAUUGUUCCAGAUGCAGAACAUACACUUAUAGGUCACCUCACCGAUACUGUGCUCUCUUUACGUGCAUUCUACCUGUCUAUCUUAACGAACAAAGAUUUGCCAAAGAUGUUUUGGAAACGAGAAAUUACCUCAAAUGGUGGGCGAAUAACACUUUUUACAAAUAUGAAACCUAAGACAGUUAAGGCCAAAUUUGCAGUUACAACAGACACUAAAAGACGUGAUUUCCGGCUGUUUGUUGGUGAACCAGGCAAUCCUACACACAUGUAUCCUCAUCCUGUUCUCUGGUUCUCAGAUAGGAUUAAAGACUGCGGUAACAACACCUUUGUUGCGGAGUAUGACAAUCCACUAGAUGGAAGAUGGCUGGGUUUUUUCAUUCAGGUAACUUUUGACGGAGUGGAUGGUUCUGUGGAGGAGUACACAACAGAAGCACAAAUUAUACCAGAUGUAUUCCCAUUCCCUGAUUGUCAUGGAAAGGAAUGUCAUGGUUCUUUAGUGUGAUGAUACAAAUUAUACCAGAUGUGUUCCCAUUCCCUGAUUGUCAUGGGAAGGAAUGUCAUGGUGCUUUAGUGUGACAAACAAUGUUUCUGUCAUGGAAAGGAAUGUUAUGUUGCUUUAGUGUGAAAACAAUGUUUCUCUGUUUUUAUAUGGAUAUCUAGAUACUAAUGUGUUUAUUAAAAUUGUCUUUCUUUAUCAUCAUUAACUAAAUUUGUGUGUAUUUUAGUCUAGACGCCAUCUAAUUACCUAUUGAGUUGAAUCAGGAAGACCACUGAUGCCCAUAUAAGAAUUAUAAACAUAAAUAUAAAUAGAAAGAGAAAGAGAAACUUGUGCAAUUGGAUUCUUCUGUCUAUUUUAUUUCAUUUAUACAAAAAAUAAAGAUUGAAAAUAUAUGUUAAUCAUCAUUUUUACCUGUAUAAGAAUGAUUUUUUGAGGAUUGAAUCAGUCAAUCAAACGAUUUACCUUUGUUUCACAAUUCAAUUCAUGCGUUAUCCAUCUAUAGCUAAGGGGUUAUUUUGAAGUUCAGAAAAAUACGGAUUCAAUGAGGACAAUUUUUUCACUUGCAAGUGAAUAAUUCAUCAUCAAUGUUUCUUAGCUUAUUUUGACAAGAUUGGACCAUACUGGCUGCUAAAGCGAAAUUAGUAUUCCAUGAACAAAAAUAUCAUAUUUCAUAUUUUUAUAUAUCUCGUAUCUAGUGCCUAUUUAACUCUUAAUUUUGUGAUAUGUAUAUUGCUUUUCAUGUUUUUUAUUUCCAUGUACUUGAUUUUUCUAUUAUUAAAAAAUGAGUGGAUAUAGAAAAUGGGAUAUAUUUUUAUGUGAUAAGCUAACAAAAAGAUAGUAGUGGUAUUACAUUGUAUCAAGACAAUCUAGGAAUGUAUUCUGUCAAUUUAACGGCAUUCUAUUCAAAUGUGCAUUGAUUUUUUUUUACAAAUUACAAUAAUUUACAGAACAAAGGUCAAAAACAAUAUUUUUUUUAAUUCAUAGUACAACAUUUCAAUUUUCUCUAUGCAAAAUCAAAUAAAUUUUUUUGAUAAUAACUACUUGCUGGAACUUAUUGGGAAUCAGGAUUCCUUGAGUGAUUCACUUUUACUGUGGUUUUUGUUGUUGGAAGUUCGAUUGUCAUAUUAUUAUUUUUUAAGUUACGGGUGUUCAUUUUCAUUGUAUUCAUAAAGCAUAUCAAUUUUUUUUAAGAUUGACAUUAUUUUACUUUAUGCAUUUAAACUUACACCUACUAUUUAUUUGUACAAGUAAUAAAUCUGGUAUUUCUU